AUGACGGGCCACGCUGACGCCGCCCCGGGUGCUGAGUCACCGGAUGCGGCCGAGCAGACUGCGGCUGCCCAGCCGCCAGACGAUGUGAACGACGUGUACGAUGCGCAGAAUGUGGGCGCCGAGCAGUGGACAGGUGUGAACCAGUGGCGAGACUCCAUCCGGAGUCAUUGGGAUGAUCAUGACCAACAGUCGUGGGGAGACGACUGGCAUGGUUGGCGGGAAGCCGACAACACCCCUGUCUGGGAUCGGCGUCAGAGUUGGGACGCUACCACCGCGGCGACUGUCGGCUACACGGACAGGUGGAGCCAAGGUGGAGAUGACCCUUGGUCAAACGGCCGGGACCCGUGGAGCGGAGCACCUCGCGAUCUUUGUCAAGGACGCGGCAACGGAUGGGAAGACCACCGAGGAGGUCCCUGGGCAGAUGGUAGAGCUAGCCGAGCUCCGGGGAGCGAUUCGGGAGAUAGAGGGUCUGGUUCAUGGAAUGGAAGCCACACAUAUGAUGACGGCGGCCUCGCUUGGGCAGGGUGGUCGCACUACGACAAUGGAGGUUUCCAGGGCGACUGGACCGAUCGCAGGAGCUUUUCGGGCAACGGCCGUGCUUCGGAGAAACUAGCGGUCCCGACCUUCACAGGUGAUGACUCCGACGACAUCGGCAACUCGGCCAGGAGCUACCUACGCCAGAUCGAGGCCUGGCGUCGUAUGACUUUGCUCCCGGCUUCGCAGCAAGGACUCGUCUUGUACCAGAGCCUGGGCGGGAAAGCGUGGAUUGCGGCUGAGGAGUUGUCAGUGCCUAGACUAGCCUCUGAGGGCGGGGUCGGAUACUUUGUGUCGUGGAUCAAUGCAAGGUUCCUUGACUUGGAGGUUGCACGGAUAGGCAAGGCGUUCUCAGACUUUUUCCGACGACUCAAGAGGAAACCCGGGCAAACGAUUAGAGAGUACAACUCAGAAUACGACCGCCUUCACGCUCGACUCAGGGAAGUGGGAUGCAAUAUUCCACAGGAGUGCGCAGCCUGGCUCUACAUCGACCGCCUUCAGUUAGAAGAACCGCAAGAACUGAACCUCCUCGCUAGUGUCGGCAAUGAGUACAACCUUCACCGUCUCCAACAAGCUGCAGUGCUACACGAUAGGGGCCAUCGUAAACCUUGGGAAUCUGGAAGGACCCGGAAGCCCUACACCGCGCACCUCACUGAGUCCCCGGACGGCGCUUCCGAUGAUGGCGAUGGUGACGGCAACGAGGACCUUGACCUGGAGGACGGCGUGCCUGAGGAUGUGGCGGUAGCGUUCGCGACCUACCAGAGCGCUAAGGACCGCUACAAAGAGCACGUCAAGGCGAGGGGCUACCAAGGCGACAAACCGAGCGCCCCGGCUAAGGAGGCACCGAGGAAGACCGAUCAGGCCAAGGAGGACAAGAUCAAGAUCAUGAAAGCGAGGUCGUUUUGUGGGAGCUGUGGAAAGAAGGGGCAUUGGCAUCGAGAUCCCGAAUGCCCUAACUUUGGGACGUCGGCACAAGGAGCUUCGCGGGCCGCCGUUAAGGAAGUCGGAGUAUGUCAUCACGUUCCGGCAGAAGUUUUCUCACUGAGGCACGACGGGCCUGCUCUUCUCGGGAUCACGGACACAGCGUGUGCCAAGGCGGUCACUGGGACGAUGUGGCUGCAGCAGUACAGCGACGCGCUCAAGGACAUCGGUGCUGUGCCUGAGUUGGUGCGCGAGUCCGAGUCGUUCCGUUUCGGGACUGGCAAGGUGCACCACUCUUCCUUCCACGUGGUCCUGCGCUUCUCCCUCGGCAACAGGAUUGUGGAGAUGAGGACUUCGGUGAUCAACGGGGACGUGCCCCUCCUUAUGUCGAAGCCUGCGCUGGCUCAGCUUGGCAUGGUCUACGAUGUGGCUGCCAAUCGCGCCGACUUUAACAGCGUCGGGCUUUCGGGAGUGGACUUGGUUACGACUUCGUCCGGGCAUCCAGCCAUCCCUAUAGUGCCGGCAAAGGCCUGCAAUGAGCUAGAAAGGCUUGUGAUCGGCGAGACCGUUUCCCAGAGCAGCUCGCAAUACAUGGCUUUCGCUUUGUCAGUGUUGGGUCGUGCGUCUGGUAGCUCGAGAACAACAGGCCCCGAGGACUCCACCACGAAGUCUACUACGCCACCUACACCAACCACUUCCACCACAAAGGCUCCUCCCUACAAGAUCUUCUACGAUAAGAAACUCAGUCCCGUCGUCAAGGAGUUGCUCACUCAGGAUCAGUUGCAAGGGGUGUCUUUUAUGAGUUGGUGGGAGAAGACCAAGAUCAAUUCGGAUUUCUGGUUGGAAGGGGAUUCCAUGUGGCAUCGCAUUCAUGUCGUUUCUGCUGUAGAUCUGGAAAGCCACUCGAAGUUGCAGUUGAUCAGUGGGCGCAUGGUGGAGGUGAUAGCUCUUUCCCGUUGUUGUGGGUCGGAAGAUCUUCUUUCGCGAAAGUGCGAGCUAGUGAAGCCCCCGCUCUCCCUGCAAGCCGGCUUGGAAAUGGCAUGCAAGCAGCCCGCGAUCUCCAAGAUGUCCAAGACGCAGUUGCUCGAGGAAUGCAACCGGUUGGGGCUGCUUGUGCACCGGAGCUGGACGUGCGAGGAGCUGAAGGCGACGAUCAUGGAGUUUCGCAUGAACGACCCAGCGACCCGGCAGGCCAAUGCGAUGAAGUCGGUUUCCGGGAUGACCCUGCCCGAGCUGCGCACCAAGGCGGACCAGCUCGGGGUGAUGUACAACUCGACGACUACAAAAGGGAACCUGAUCCGCCUCAUCAGGGAUGCGACCUCGACGCCGGGGACGGAGCUGAUGAAGAUAGGCAAGUACCGGGGCUACGAGUUCCAGGAGAUCCCCCGGCAAUAUGGCAUGUGGGCGGCGCGAGAAGUCAGGAUGAGUGCGAACCCCCACGUGGAACUCGUGCGCUACGCCAAAUGGUGGGAGGAGAAGGAGUACCACGAGAACUUCGGCCCUGGCGGGACGUUCGAGGAGACGGCGACGGUGCCCUACCCCUUGGACAAUGCGAGCCAGGCGGCCUCUACGGGAAGCACAGAGUGGGACGUGGUCACGGAGAGGCGAGGGCGGAUGACUCGCGACCUACCGAUCGCACCGCGGCUUUCAAAGCGAGAGGCACCUGCGAUCCCCGAGGAGGCGAUGGACUCGGAGCUGGACUCGGCGACGGUGGAGGAGAUCCAAGCACUCGAGACGAGGCUGGCGGUGCUCAAGCAAAAGGCAAAGGCAGCGGCGACCCCGAUGAAGAAGAUUGUGGGGACACGACAUGCCACCACGAGCACUACGACGUCACCUACUCGCCGGAACGAGGAGGUGACGAACGGAGGAGCCUUACAGUAUGAGUCCGGAGGCAACCAUUUUGGGAAUAAGACCACCGGAACAAGGCGGCACGAUGGGUGUUGCGAUUUCUUCCACGACGAAGUCCUGCACGGCGCUUUUCUCACCAAUGAAGACUUCGAGCGACCAAGCACCCUGGACAGCGUCAACUACAAGUGCGAGCCCGCCAAGGACGCCGCCGAGGACCAGUUCACCGUGGCUUAUGACCUUAACGACUACAACCCAGCCACCCUUCAGCGACUCCUAGAAGGCCUCCAAAUGGACUCGGUCAAGGCUUGCCGAGACACCGUGUUCGGAGGCAAAACCGGCGACCCCGUUCAGUACUUCACCUACGGACUCUUCUCUCAUGGGGGUGUGGUCGGACUGACGAAAAGGACCCGCGAGCAGGACAAUGUCGUCAGGUAUCUCAACGGCUACGCGAAGUACCACCUCGGCGCCGACGCUACAUGGACCUCUGUGAGUUUGUCCCGAGAUGUCAAAACCGAGGUACAUCACGAUUACCACAACCUGAAGGGCACGACCAACUUUACUACGAGCUUGGGACAAGAGAGCGGCGGUGGACUAUGGAUCGAGGAGAAGGGGCUCACCGAGGACACUCUCUCAAAGGAAACCAAGUGGAGGCAAACCGGCACUGGGCAGUGGCUACCUGGACGCGUUCACAACACCCACAACAAGCUCCUCGAGUUCGAUCCGUUCCUCAAGCACGGGUCGGAGCCAUGGAGCGGGACAAGAUGGUCGCUCACCUACCACACCACCCGCAACAUCUACAAGGCGAGCGCUGGGAUGAAGAAGUUCCUCAAGGGAUGUGGUUUUCCCCUACCAAGAGGGCAAGAACCUGGGAGACAGGAUCACCGCGAGAAAAGGAAACCACGGGCCAGCGUGAGAAGGGCGAUCUUCAACAAUGCAGCAAAGAUCGGCGUGAUGUUGGCGACGCUGGUUUCAGCGGCAGGAAGCUACAUGGCGGAGCACGUCUACCCCGCGGUCGAAGCGAACCCCAUCGUGAUCUUCGAGAUCGGCGGAGUGGAGGCGACGCACGAAGCGGCCGCCAUCGGCAAGGACGUAUUCGAGCCCAUGACCUGGGAAAGGUACCGGUCACCAGAAGGAAAGGAGAGCGCGCACCACAUCGUCAAUGGAGGCGGGCCACGAGAACUCCGCAUCAACCUCGAAGGGAAGUACCAAGAGUGCGACGAAGCCCUGUUGGCCUUGAUCGACCAGCAAGUCGACGACGGUGGGACUGUGGUCGUGACCGGGCACUGCGAAGACAGUCUGGUUCCAUGCCUACGCGGAGAAGACCUACGGGGAGUUCGUCAACACGCUAGCGAGGAAAACGACAAGGUCUUCUUUGUCCUCUUCAAGAAAAAGGAGGAAACAGAAGCAGUACAAUGCGGGGACAGGAUCCAUGAGGUGAGAAUGGUCACCAAGGCGAAGGCCGGCGAGGAGAAGAGUGAGAUGCCUAUGGGGGCAACUGGGAUAUCGUUCGGCAAGGACACCCCGCGGAAUGUUGCCACCGCCCUGCGGAGACUUCACCAGAACCUCGGACAUCCUCGGCAGGAGGACUUAAUCCGCCACCUCAGGCUUGCCGGGUGCGAUCCUACGAUCCUGAAGGCCGCAAGAUCAAUGAAAUGUCAAGUAUGCCAGGCGAACGCCGCCCCGAAGAUUGCCCGACCGAGCACCAUUCCACCAAUGGCCGACUUCAACGACACCCUCGGCCUCGACCUGUUCUUCUGCCACGACACGGACGACGUGAAGCACGCCUUCCUCUCAGUCGUUGACUACGGCACCACCUACCACCUGGCGAUCAAAGUUGACGGGCAAUCCGCCGAGGAUAUCGAAGCGAAGUUCAACGAUGUGUGGCUGAUUCCUUUCGGCCCGCCGAAGGCCGUUGUCAUAGACCUUGAAGGAGGAUUGCAAGGAGCUCUGGGCAGGCUUUGUGAUUGGCACGGCAUCGGAGUUCGGAGCGUAGCGGCCCAGAGCCAUUGGCAAGCAGGUGUAGUGGAACGACAGCAAGCGUGGUGGAAACACGUAUGGGACAAGGUCAGCUACCAGCUCAGCAUCACCGAGGACGAAGUCGAGCUCGUCGUCCCAGUGAUCAAUGCCGCCAAGAACGACCUCCGGAGACGAUGCGGGUACAGUCCCUCACAGUGGGUCUUCGGAAAGGCCCCUCGAGUUCCGGAGGACCUCCAGGACCCGGAUGGUGGAGCCCACGUCCUCUGGGAUGUCAGCGAGGACGCCAAGUACCAGAGACAGUCGGCGAUGAGGGCGGCGGCCAGGGUUGCGUUCCACGAGAGUCAAACUGAUGGCCGUCUACGUAAAGCCCUUCUUCAAAGGACACGGGUGGCCUCUCGACCACUCGACGUCGGAGAAAGUGUGCACUACUGGCACAAGCCCAAGAACCGAAGGAGGGGAUGUUGGACUGGGCCGGCGGUCAUCGUCGGCAAGGAGGGCGGCAACUACUGGCUAUCAAAAGGGGGAAGGUGUAGGCUCACUUCCGCUGAACAUAUUCGCCCAACCACCGCCGAAGAAGUCGGGGCUCUCCUUGCUAUGAAAGGUACGCAGCGAGAAGUUGAGCGCCUACUAGAUCAAGACCCUGACGCCGACGAGGUCUACGAAGGAGAGGACGACAUGGACUACCUCGACGAGAUCCUUGAGGGCGAGAUGAGCUGGGAUGAGGACGACGCUUUGGAGCCCAUCGCCCCAGAGCCUGGCGACAACGAUGACGACAUCAUCCUGGAGCCGUUGCAGGAAACCCAAGGCCAACGUCUACCCGAGCCCAGGAGAAGGUUGAAGCGCAAGACCGCGGCCACCGACCUGAACCCAGACCGGCACGAGGCGAUGAUGCUGAAGACGCAGCUUACUACGAGGGGACUGGAGAAGCGGAAAGAGAAGGAGCUCAAAUGGUCGGAGAUUCCCGCCGAAGUCCACGACAAGUUCCGAGAUGCAGAACGACUACAAUGGGAAGAGCACCUCUCCUUUGACGCCCUUGAACCCCUCGGCACAGAGGAAAGCGAACGAGUCCGCCGGGAAGUCCCGGCAGAUCGUAUUCUACGAUGCAGGUGGGCCUACAAGGACAAGAACUGGUCGCGACGACGUGAAGGCGAAGACCUACCGUGGAAGUGCAAGUCGAGACUGGUGAUAGCGGGCCACACCGACCCGGACUUGGGCAACGAGGACAUGAAGUUGAGUACGGACGCCCCCACUUUGUCUAGGAGCGGGCUUACGUGUAUGCUGCAGCGAACGGCAGAUGGACUACAGGAAAGCGAUCCUUGGACGUUGGCAGCAGGCGACAUCCGGUGUGCAUUUCUCACCGGAAGCUACCUGGACCGCGAGCUGUACAUGCAUCAGCCAAAGACCGGGUUUCCCGGCAUGGUUCCGGGACAAUUGGUGAGGAUCAAAAAGAAUGUGUUCGGCCUCGCUACGAGCCCCCAUACUUGGUGGCAGGACCUACAGGCCGGGAUCUUCGACAUAGAGCUCGAGUUGCCCUACCUCGACGGCAAGGCCACCUACAAGUUCGACCAGUCCCCGAUGGACCCGUGCAUCUUUAUGCUCCGCCGUUGGGAAAACGGCGACUUCUACGACGAGCCCGUGGCAUUCCUGGGAUGCCAUGUCGACGACCUGCUCAUUGCUGCUCCUCGGCGACUACAGGAACUGGUGCAGCAAGCACUGGCGACGAAGUUCGAGAUACAGACCUGGGAAGUCGACAAGUUUGAGUUCCUAGGUUCACAGAUCUCCGUCGAAAGCGACAAGGUGACGAUGACACAGGAGAAGUACGCCGAGACCAGGCUCUUCACCCUCGAGAUCCCCGCGGGACUGGACGAAGGUGAACCUGCGCCCCCAGACCUGGUGAGCGAUAACCGAAGCCUGAUCGGUGCCCUCUCGUGGAUGAGCGCUCAGACCCGUCCGGAUCUGAACUGCGCCGUCAGCAUGGCGCAACAGUUGCAAAAGUCGCCAACUUGUGGCGACCUGAAGUUCACCAACGGCAUUGCUGCCAAAGCCUACCAGUUCAGGACUCAUGGGUUGGAGUUCCGGGCGAUACCCGCCGGAAGGCUCAUGGUCAUCGUCUACCACGACGCAGCAUGGGCCAACGUACCGGAGCCGGACCCCGAUGAGAACUACUACGUCCUGACCGAAGCCGAGAACGACAUGGGUGUUCAGAAAGAAGGGCCGUAUUCGGCCGGAGCGCAGCGGAAGGCAAAGAAAGGGAACUCAAGGGUGGCCUCCCAACUGGGCAUCCUGGUGACUUUCGCUGACCGCAUGGCGCUGUCCGGACAAGCAGGAGUCUGCAACGUGGCAGACUGGAGGUCACGUGCCGGGCAGAGAGUCUGCCGAAGCACAUUCGGGGCAGAGACGCAAGCCUGCGCGGAGGGGCUCGAGACCGGACAGUACCUCAGGUCUAUGUAUGAGUCCUUGACCAAAGGAAAGUUGGUGACGGUCGAGGCGGCCCAGCUCCCUAUCCUCUGCUUGAGCGACUGCCGAUCCCUGUACGACCACCUCAAUAGGCAGGGAAUACCGAGAGUACCAAGCGAUAAGCGCUUGGCAGUCGACUUAGCAGCUCUACGCCAAGGACUGAAAGCCGAGAGGUGGGGCGAAAACCUCCCCAUAGCCUGGAUACCCGGGCUCCUUCAAAGAGGGGACAUUUUGACCAAGCCACAGAACCCAUCCGAUUGGUGGGAAGCGAUGGCGACUUUGCUUUUAUUGCCCCUUUCGAUCGGGCAAGAAGGGGCCGAUCCGAAGGCAUUCUGGCGCAAAGAGGAAAACACGUUCGAGAACGUGCAGGCCGGUUCGGGAGGGCAGUGCAUUAGGCCCCUAGGGUAG